AUGGGCUAUGACGAGAAAAUUCGCAUCAUUUCCACAGAAACUAUCAAACCAUCUUCUCCAACUCCGAGCCACCUCGCCAAAUUCAAGCUCUCCCUCGUCGAUUACUACACGCUUGACGCAGCUUAUAUGCCCCACGUCUUCUUCUAUCCGGCCCACGGUUCGAAAUCAUCAGAAACAGAUCAGAGGCUCCAGGCCCUGAAAUCUUCACUAGCCCAGGCCCUGGCCCGCUUCUACCCGCUGGCCGGGCGGUUAACGGCCAAGAAUCAUGUGGGCCGUCCGGCCCAUUCAAUCAUCCAUUGCAACGACGAGGGCAUUCCUUUCUCUACGGCCCGUGGCAGCUUGGAUUCGCCCAUGACUCUGUUUCUCGCCAGGGGACCCGACGCCGACUCGCUCGUGCAAUUCCUCCCCUUUCCGGCGGCGCGGCUCCUCACGGCGGCGGAUAUCGAAUCCGCGCCGCAAUUCGCCGCCAGAGCCACAAUUUUCCCCUGCAGCGGGAUCGCCGUUGGGAUCUGCGCGCUCCACAAGAUCAUGGACGCGCACACAGUCGCCAAUUUCAUGAACCUCUGGGCCGCCGUCGCCCGCGGGCAGGGGAGCAGUGAAGUAGGCGCUGCCGCCGCAGCCUACGCUCACGACCGCGCGGCCACGUCGUUGUUUCCGCUGAAUCGGCACGAUGUGGGGCCUGGAGCCGUGAAUUCAGGAGGUGAGGAAGGGAAGAAGAUGGUGACGAGGAGGUUCGUGUUUGAUGGGGAAGCCAUUUCCGCCCUGAAAUGCAGAGGUAGGAGCGACCCAGUCCCCAACCCGACCCGAUCCGAGGUGGUUGCCGCGUUCAUGUGGAAAUCUGCAGUCAACGCCACCGCUGAAGCGGUAAAGUCAACCGACGGUGGCGAGGCAAAGCCGAUAACGGUUCACUCCGCCGGAGGGAUGGUCGUGGAUCUCCGACCUAGGAUGAAAGAACCAUGGCCGGACUACUCCGUUGGCAAUAUAAUAUGGGCGAACCACUCGUCGUACAAGUACGACAGCAACCAACGAUUGGAUGAAGCAAACGCAUUGCAGCAAUUGGUGGGCAAGUUGAGGAGCUCAACUUCAAAAGUGGAUGCGAAGUUCAUGGAGAAGUUAAAAGGAGGAGAUGGAAGGGAGGAGUUUUUCAGGAAUCACGAGGCAUUGCGGAAGGCACUGAUGGUGGAUGUAACUGAAAGUGACACUAGGGUGAUGAUGUUUGGGAUGUCGAGCUUGGUCGGGAUAAGAUUCUACGAUGUAGAUUUUGGAUGGGGAAAACCAGCCUGGGUAAGUAUGACCGCAUUUUCAAAUCAGGUGCACAACAUGGUUUUUUUUAUGGAUUCGCCGAUCGGACAUGGAAUCGAAGCUUGGGUUACCAUGCACGAGCAAGAAAUGACUAUCAUGGAUCAUGAUCCUGAAUUCCUUGCUUAUGCCAAUAAUAAUCCAAGUGUAUUAUGGGCGUGUCUAGCCCGACUUUGAAACGAUCGUGUAUGCGUGCUUCUCACGAGCACCAAAUAGAAGGUUACACAAAUUUGAAUGUUUUGGUAAGCCGUCGAUGUGAGCAUUUUGUGUUCUUCUAUUUUCUUCGACUAUAAUUGCUUUCAUUUGGUGCUAUAGUGCUCUCGAACUUUAUCCUGUAAUAGUC